AUGGAGAGUUUCGGUAUAGCGAACAUAGAGAUUGCAGUGAAUGAAAUGGAGAAGCAGAUUUUGGACGAGGAGGAGGAGGAAAAGCCGGAAUGGCUCGAUGUGCUGCUGAGCACCAACUUCUGGGGGCCAUGCAGGGAGCACGCAGCUGAGAACCGGGCGGAGAAGUGCAUGUUCUGCCUCCACUGCUACAACCUGUACUGCCCGCAUUGCACCCACGACAUGCCUGGGCACCGCCUCCUCAAGAUCCGGCGCUACGUCUACCGCUCCGUCGUCCUUGCCAAGGAUAUGAUGGACCUCAAGAUUAAUGUGUCAAGGAUACAGGGGGAAUUGGAUGUGUCGCAAGAUGACUUCUCCGGGCCAGAAGCCGAGCGUCGCUACCGGAGCCUUCAAACAAACAUGCUGGCCGGAGAAAGCGCAUACGAGGAGCCACCCUCCGAGGAACCACCUGAGCCUGAGGCUGAUCAGGAGCAGCAGCAGGUGGAGCACCAUGCGGCGCCUGAAGCAGCUGAGCAAAGGGAUGAGGAGCCACCGGCGGCGGCAGCUCAGGACCACUCGUUCCGCAGGCGGGGGCGCAAGCAGGCGGAGCCGACGAGGGCGCCAUUCUUCUGA